AUGCGAAGAGUAAAGAAAACAAAUCCUCCUCAGAACUUACUUUCAACAAUGGCGAAAUUACCACCAUUCUUCGUCACAUCUCUUGCUGGCCAAAACAUCAAUCCCAUAAUUCCUGAUGAGUUUUUCUCUGUUUAUGAAACUGAAACUGACUUGACGCUUUCGAUAAAACCUGGGAAGUCAAACUUAACGACCAGAGGUUCGCCAGCGGCUGGGAAGAUUUCUCCGCCGCCCACUGUCUUCGAGACGACGACGUUUUGGUUUUUAGACACGAGGGUGAUAUGGUCUUCCACGUCACACCUUCCGGACGCAUGUGUAGGUUCUUCCCAAGAUGAUGAUGAUGAUGAUGAUGAUGAUGAUGGAGACGACGAGACUUGGGACGAUGAUUCAGAUUCGAUGAACAAGAAGAAAUCAAUAUCAAAAGCAGAUUCUUUGACUUCAACGAAAAACUCUUGUUUGCUCGCCGUCUCGCCGUUAAAUCUACGCAAAAAUAUAGUGAGAUGCUGCGAGAUUGAUCUAAUGAAUCAAAGUGGAAAAUCAUGGGUUCUUGGUUUGAGACACAACAAAACUACUGGUCAAGUUUAUAUGAUUAGAGGGUGGAGAAGUUUCUGCCAAGCUAAUGAUCUAAAACACGGGCCUCUGCUACAGUUGUGUUCUGACAUUGCUCCAGAACGAAACUGUUCCAAACCAAUUGUAAAAGCUAAUGCUUCGGUAAAAUCCAGCAGUGAAGGAAAGAAUAAGUUUCUGACAGUAACUUUGAAGCCUUACAUGUUCAAGUCAAGACAACUUUAUCUUCCGAGAUUUUUUGCGAGGGAGAAUGGGAUCAAGGAGGAAGGCGAGAUAACUUUAGUGGACAAAAAUGGAGUAGAGUGGCCGUCGAAUUUAACUUCUACCAGAGAACAAUCAGAGUUUUAUGUGACAAAAAGUUGGAUAAGGUUUUGUGAAGCCAACAGGUUAAAGAUAGGAGAGACUUUCACGUUGAAGUUUGUUCGAGGAGACACAACUCCAAUGCUCAAGUUCUGCUCCAAGGCCAAGGUCAAGAUGGAACAAGUACCACUUGAUAGCUCCCAAGGGACAGUUCAAGCUUCACAGGAAGAAGAAGAAGCUGAGACUCGAGUCCAAAAGAGUGCUCGUGUUUCUGCAGAAGGAGAACCCUCUCAUUGCACUCGGGCAUCAAACAAAUCCAGUGUUGAUCGGAAAAACUCGCAGUGCAAGCAACCGCUACAACCUUGCUCAAUCUCUGAUCAAUUAAGAAAGAGUAUUGUGGAUACUUUAACUGGUGUGAGACAGUUUCGGUCCGAGCUUGAGAUAAAGGAACAAAAUUUAGAAGCUUCGCUGCAGGAAAUGGAUGCGUUAGAGACGACAUUUUCUUCAUCUUCCUACGAACUAAAUUAUGUUUAUUCUUGGAGUAAGCAACAAGACGAGGAAGAGACGUUACAAAAACAGAAAAAG